AGACGAGGCUUUUUUUUUAUUGGACAAGAGGAUGCACGCGUCAUCAUUACGCGACACUCAAACCGGGUUUGUUUGUGUUUUCCUACCGAACACAGACAACAGCAGUUUAAUAGGCGCGUCGGAUGUGUUUACAGUAGUUUUCCCGUGUUGGUGUUCAACAUGAGCGGGGGGUUGGCACCGAGCAAGAGCACAGUUUAUGUGUCCAACCUGCCAUUCUCUCUCACGAAUAACGACCUCCACAAGCUCUUCACCAAAUAUGGAAAAGUGGUCAAGGUUACAAUUGUAAAAGACAAAGACACCCACAGAAGCAAAGGCGUGGCUUUCGUUCUAUUCCUGGACAGAGAAUCGGCUCAUAACUGUGCAAGAGCGGUCAACAACAAGCAGUUGUUUGGAAGAACUGUGAAAGCGAGCAUUGCAAUCGACAAUGGACGGGCGGCCGACUUUAUAAGGAGGCGCAACUACACAGACAAGAGCAGGUGUUACGAAUGUGGGGAUGGAGGACAUAUGAGCUAUGCGUGUCCCAAAAAUAUGUUGGGAGAGAGGGAACCCCCAAAGAAGAAAGAAAAGAAAAAGAAGAAAAAAGGUCAACAACCACAACAUGUUGAAGAAGAGGAUGAAAGUGAAGACGAAGGAGAAGAUCCAGCUCUUGACAGUCUUAGUCAAGCCAUAGCUUUUGAGCAAGCACGAAUCGAGGAAGAGGAACAGCAAAGAAAGCAGACUGCUGUGCCACAGGAUGGCAACGAUGGCGAGCCUAGUGACUGAUGUGGACACAAUUGGGACGUAUCGAGAAGACCUUUAGACAUAAUCGUGUUUGUCGUGUUAGUUUUUACAGCUUCUUUUAUUAUGGAAUCAUUUCGGAGUAUCCAGUUGGACAGACGUCUGUCUGCUAUUGUAAAUAAAAUAAUUGUGUGUUCUACUUACUUAUCUUGCAGCUAAUUAUUAUCGCAAGGUCUAAAUUCCUGCCUUUUUAAUUGGGGCUGCAACUGAAAGAGACUUUUUUUUUUUUUUUUUUUUUUACAAAAAGCCGUGGAUCAGUAAAGUUGCAAGCAUUGUUUUACAAGGUUAAAUGAUACAGAGCCAUGCCCUCCCUGUACCCAGAUCACACGGUGAGAAGACUUGUUUUGCAUGAAUAAGCACAUGUAAAAUGUAAAUAAAUAAAUGAC